GAAACAUUGAAAACAGAGGAGGAGCGAUGAGCAGAUCUGAUCUUCAGCAUAAUCGAACGGAAACAGAUAAACAGCUGGGUGGAUAAUUUGAAGUAUCUGUGUAAGUGAAAACAAACCUUUUAAAGAUUGCCAAUUGGCACCCCACGAAAGAGAUCUGUUUUGGCAGCAGGGAGUUAGAUCUGGGUGGUCAGAGGUUACAAAACUGGGAUCUUAUGAAAGAUUUAAAAGAGAAGAAAGUUUAAGGAAUAAAAAGGGCAGUGCGUUUAACAGUGUAUUCAAGUUUAGGAAAUGUUGUCCAAAGUUAUCUCAGCUGCAUAUUUAAUGCUGUGGAUCAGUUCUUGUGCCGCGGCUGUGGAUCCAUUCUUGACCAAAGCUCUGCAGCUGAUGUCAGAGACCCCGCUCAUUGACGGCCAUAAUGACCUGCCUUGGCAACUUCGAAUGCGAUUCAACAACGAGCUCAACAAAGUGGAUCUUAACACGCUGGAAACAACCCACACCAACAUCCCAAAGAUCAAGGAGGGACGGUUGGGAGCGCAAUUCUGGUCUGCAUAUGUUCCCUGUGAGAGUCAGUACAAAGAUGCCGUCAGACAAACACUGGAGCAGAUAGACGUGGUUCACAGGAUGUGUCAAAAAUACCCAGAAACCUUCAUGUUUGCCACCAGUAGCCAUGAUAUCAUGACGGCCUUCAGAAUGAACAAGACAGCCAGUCUGAUCGGCGUGGAGGGGGGUCACUCCCUCGACAGCAGCCUGGGAACCCUGCGCACCAUGUACCAGCUGGGGGUCCGCUACCUUACACUCACACACUCGUGCAACACACCCUGGGCAGAUAACUGGCUUGUCGACACUGAAGCGGAACCAUCUGAACACAACGGCCUAUCUCCAUUUGGCAAGCAACUAAUAGUGGAGAUGAACCGCUUGGGGAUGCUGAUCGAUCUCGCUCAUGUGACUCAAGCUGUGAUGCACCAGGUGCUCUCCAUGUCCGCAGCCCCCGUCAUCUUCAGCCACUCCUCCGCGUACAGCGUGUGUCCACACAAGAGGAACGUCCCUGAUGAUGUUCUUAGGAAAGUGAAUCAGACAGGAGGAAUCGUCAUGGUGAACUUCUACAAUGACUACGUGACCUGCAGCAAGACCGCUAACCUCUCAGAUGUUGCAGAUCACUUUGACCAUAUAAGGAAAGUGGGAGGGGCGGGCAUCGUUGGCUUUGGUGGAGAUUACGAUGGGGUUACAAGACUACCAGAGGGUCUGGAAGAUGUUUCCAAGGUGCCCAAAGUGGUGGCUGAGCUGCUGAGGAGAGGAUGGACCGAUGUCGAGGUCAAAGCUGCUCUGGGAAACAACCUGCUCCGAGUCCUGAACCGGACUGAGCAGGUGCGUGACAGUCUGACUUCCCAGAAUCCAGAUGAUGUUCCUAUUCCAUACGAUGAGGUGAAGAACUCUUGCAGGACGAGCUACGGUUACAAGACCACGAACACUGGAGCCGUGCAAUCCCUCGGCACACUGGCCCUCAUGCUCACACUGGCUCUCCACGCUGUUAUAACAUUAUCAAAUUCAUAAGCUGUGAUUUAACACACACACACACACACACACACACACACACACACACACACACACACACACACACACACACACACACACACACACACACACACACACACACACACACACACACACACACACACACACACACACACACACACACACACACACACACACACACACACACACACACACACACACACACUUUCAGAAUAUAGUAGACCAAUAGCAGUAAUUGCUUACAUAUUGGCCUGGUGGUAAAACACAUUAGCAUGUUAAAUUGAUGAAAUUAAGAGUAUUUUGCUUUGUGUGUGAGCUAAUUUUUAACCUUUGGGUAUACAAUCCUGAAUGUUAUGAAUUUAGGUUUAGCACCUAAAGUAAAUAAUGGGAAGGGUUAUAUUAUUCAGUUUAUAUUUAUGUGGAUUCAAGGUUGUUUUUAGAAUCUUUUUUUUGGUGGUUUUCUACACGUUAACGUUACCUGGCUGUGUAUCCUUCUUUAACACUGUGCGAUAAUAACAUAAUUUAUAACAAAGUCUCACCAGUAUGACCUGAAUGCACAAAUGCAUACACACGUUUACACUCACACACAGAUAUAUUCCUUAACACAAGUGUGCUGUCUAUUAUCCAGGAAGUUAUAUAUAAUAUGUGUCCACAGCGUCACCUAGUGGUUUUAGAGUGUAACAACCGAAGAGACGCAAAAUAUCUCUGUCUUCUAAAAUUAAAAUGUUGGUGAUUUGCA